GAUCACUCUUGUCUUUUUUUUCUAUCGGAGAAUAUAUAAAGUUCACGCCUUUUUCGUCGUUAAGUCACCCGUCCACCGAGUGACUCAGUCCUCCAUGGCUGAACAGUCGAAAACUCGAAGCGAUGACCCUUUCUUGCUCAAGUAUACCGCCAACGAACUCCGGACUGUCUCCGAGUUCUUCACCAAUUGGGCACCUUUUCUAUCCCGAGGGCUCUGCCAGUCAUGUUCUCUGACAAUCUCCGAUCGUAUCCGAUAUCUUCAUCAAGAAGCUGGUAGAGAUGUAGUAUGCGCCAAGCAUAAACAGGAUGAUGCAGCGUCUGCAUCAGGCAAUAAGGGUUUGAUAGGAGAUUGGAAUCAGGAAAACUGUGACACUCAUUCUAUUGGGAGCUGGAAUAAUGCUUCGGACAUGAAUGAUCAUGCUGACACACAUUCACUGGGGAGCUGGAAGGAGGAGGAAGAAGGGUCUCCGGAGGUCUUUUCACAAGUGGGUAUCUAUACAGAUGCACCAUCAAAAUCCUCUGGCGGCGGCGUGUUAAAGAGUGAAAAUUUAAGCACGCAUGUGUUGCAAGGAGUGAAAAUGUCAUGGGCUGAUAUGGCUCAGGAGGAUGAGCUAGAGACCGAGGAAUGUGGUUUAAGUUUGCCAUUGACCAAUGAGAGUGGUUUAUCUUGGAAAGAGGGAGCGUUUGAGCACGAUGAGCCUCAUAAGCCAACAACUGAGCUUUCAAGAGAACAAAGAGAGUGCAUCCGGUUUAGUAAUGUGAAGAGGAAGAAGGAUUUUAUAUGUUUGGAAAGGAUUGAUGGGAAGAUUACAAAUAUACUGGAUGGAUUGGAGCUACAUAGCGGCAUUUUCAGUGCAGCUGAGCAAAACAGGAUUGUCAAUUAUGUGGAAACACUCCAUGACAAGGGAAAGAAUGGGCAAUUAAAAGAGAGAACCUAUACUGCACCAGAAAAGUGUAAGGGGAGAGUGUCAUUACAAUUUGGUUGCUGCUACAACUAUGCAAGUGAUAAAAAUGACGCUCCACGCAUCCUCAAAAAUGACAUCGUUGACCCUAUUCCUCAACUUUUGAAAGUUAUGAUUAAAAGGCUUGUCAGGUGGCAUGUGAUACCUCCUCACUCCGUACCUGACAACUGUAUUGUGGAUAUUUAUGAAGAGGGAGAUUGCAUUCCGCCUCGUAUUGAAAGUCAAGAUUUUGGUAGGCCAUUAUGCGCUGUUUCAUUCUUAACGGAAUGUCAUGUCAUUUUCGGGUCAAACUUGAAAGUGUUGAGCCCUGGUGAGUUUGAUGGUCCAAUUGCAAUUUCCUUGCCUGUCGGAUCUAUUCUUGUGUUGAAUGGAAAAGUAGCUGAUGUGGCUAAACAUUGUGUUCCGGCAGUUCCUUCCAAAAGGAUCUCAAUUACAUUUAGGAGAAUAGUUGAAUCCAAACAACCCAUUGGAUAUGUUCCGGAUCCUGACUUGCAAGGUCUUCAGCCUCUAUCAAAUGAAGUAGACAAGUCCAAGAAAUCGAAAAAGGCAAGGCAGAGGCAGCAUGAUAUGAAGAAACAUGUGAGCGGACGAGAGGAGAAUGUUGGGGGGCAACCAAGAAGACCAAUAGAAAGGGGCUUUGGAGAGAACAGAUACUCAUUGGGUCAAUCCGAUCAGAGGAACACGAGUAAGCCCAGAGUGACUGUGGAUUUGGAAAGGUCAGCUGACCAAUCUUAUCGCCGAACUGUAAGAUUUCACCGCCAUCUCUCAUGAAUGAUGGCAGGAGCUUGUUGAUUGUGUCACUUGUGUGGUGUGUUCUUUUAGUAUUCCAAAGCAGUUUGUUAGUUUUUGGUGGGGCUGGGCAUUUCAGUUUGGUUUGGUUUAAAACGGCCUUGUUUUAUUUGGUUUAGUUUUAAUUGGUUUGUUUAGAUGAAUAGAGUUUGGUAAAAGCAACACCAUUCUAAAACAGAAAUGCAUAUUAGUUGUGGUUUGGGUAGGUUUAAAGCGUUCUGUUCGGGUUAAAUUAGUUGUGGUUGGGUUCAGUUAAUGCAAUUUCGAGAACAUCACCGUACUACAACCAAAUUACGCAUACUUUGUAUUUUAUUGGUUUGGUGCAGCCAAACUGAAUCAAAAUGUGACUGGUUUGUGGCCCAGCUUGCAUGGUUGCACCGCUACAUCAUCUAGAUGCAUCCUUGGUGAAUUUUUUAAGCAACAUAUGUAGUUAGGAUUUAUGCCAUACAGUUGGGUGAGUAGUGCCUCAUCCUUAGAUUGAGCUUGUGCCUGAGACGUGAAAUCUCUAUGGUGGCAGUUCAGUCUAAUGGUUAUGGUCCCAAUCAGUCACUAUCCUUCCUAAUUGGGUAGCAUUGACCAAAGCCCAUCUUUCACGGCAAUUUUAGUUUGCAGGGAAUCUCUAAGAUGAAGAUUGCAAGCCAUGUGAAAGUCCAAUGUGGGGCAAUUUGGUCGGUUGUUAUAGUCUGUUGUAUAUUACGGCUAAUAAUUUGGUAAGACUGCUGUGUUAUUUAUUUAUUUAUUUAUUAAGAAAAACAUUGAGUUAAUUUAUCUUGUAAAGCCAGAUUAUGCGCAGAAAGCUUAUGUUGAAACUUGAAAGUGAAGAGUGACAGAAGUCUGGAAUGAUACUUAUAUUGAUUGUUGAUACUUGAAUGCUGGUUGUGUGCGAGCAGGUGUAUCAGACUCUCGAAAUGAAAAUACAAUGCUUUAGACUGGUAUAAAUAUAGAACAACUCCUUUCCGAAUUCCGACGUAUAAAAAAAACGUUCAGGUUCUGUUUUUGGGAGUUUUGGGGGAAGAGAUCUAUUAAAAACAUAAUUAAAG